AUCACCAAUCUUUGCCAAACCCACCCCCCUGCACUCACCAUCACAAUCUGAUAACAUGGCCGGCGCCGGCUCUCCAUGCGGCGCAUGCAAGUUUCUCCGGCGAAAGUGCACCGCCGACUGUAUUUUUGCUCCUCACUUCUGCUCGGAGAGCAGCUCGUCUGCUUCCUUUGCGGCGAUCCAUAGGAUCUUUGGGGCUAGCAAUGCGUCCAAGCUUUUGCACCACGUUCCGGACGGCGACCGUGGCGAGGCAGCUAUAACUAUUGCUUAUGAAGCACAGGCUAGGCUGAGUGAUCCUGUGCAUGGCUGCGUUGCCCAUAUAAUUGCUCUUCAGCAGCAGGUAGCAAUACUGCAAGCCCAGUUGGUACAUGCAAGGGCGCAGCUGGCUUAUGGCGCUGGCUUAUCUCAGCUUGCUUAUAGGAACUCAUGCCCAAGCCUUGAUGCAAAUAAUGCUUUCAUCCAUGUCUAUUCCAACGGGCACUCUAUGGCUCUACAGAGUUCUUUGGUUGAAGAAGCUCUCUCUGCUCAGAUAUCUUCAAAGAAAAGAACAGCAAAGGGAGAAUUACAAGAUCUGCAGCUCUUGGCUGUGGGGAUGUCGAUGAAAAGACCUGAACUCGUCCCACUUUGCAUUCGGGUCAACCCGAUCGAAUCCAUUAGUACGCCACUGGCCAUCCGUUCAUGCGCUUGUUCAGCCAAAUCCCACCGCUGGUCUUUCAUUCGUGUGCUUAUUCAGCAAAAUCCCGCAACUGGCCUUUCGUUCGCAUGCUUAUUCAGCAAAAUCCCGCCGCGCGGCCCUCUGUUCAUGCGCUUAUUUAGCCAAAUCCCGCUGCCAGCCCUCCCUUCGAGCAAUUACUCAGCCAAAUCCUGCAGCGGUGCAACAACGCGUGACAGGCUACAGGCAGACGCUACAACGAAGAGACUCGAUGCGACGUAG